AUGAAUUUUUUGAACAAGAGGAAACGAAAGGAGGAUAACAGGGAAGAUGCAUCGCUUGUGCAGCCAAGUAAAAAGUCUCGGGUAAUUUCCCUGGUGAAAAAAGUAGGCCAUGGAUUACGUGAUAAGAUUGCCGUAGCAGUUCAAGCCCUUACUAGAAGAACCUACACACAGGAUGUAAGGUCUACAUUGUUUACCACCCCGGCUGGACCCCUGCGAACUGCAAGAUAUCUGAUGACGCCAUUGGAACCAUUUAGUGUGAAGAAGUCAUCACUUGAGUGGCGGUAUGUCAGAGAAAAAUUAUGGUAGAUUUGAGAAGCAACUGACAGAGACAGAGAAGUUUCCUCCCUUCCCUCCCCCCCCCACACACUGCAAGUAUUUAAAACUAAAAGGAAUGACCUUAAAGUAAGACUUGCACUCAGCCCCAUAUAUUUAUUAUGAAUACAUGCUUAGGUUUUAACACAAACUGUUUGUGUGAAAUAGUUUGAGGUUGCUGCCAGCUAUAUAGAAAUCUUACCUGACACCAUAUAUUUUAGUUGUUUCUUUCAUUAUAGAGGAGUACCAUUGUUUAGAGGGAAGGGAGGAUAGUAGUCUCCCCAUAAUGCAGACUUUGUUUUAUAUGCUAAAGUUAGGAGAAACUUGUAACAAAGAAACACAAAUUCAUUGUUUAUACAGUCAAACCCUACAGGUUAAUACGGACACUACACUUAAGGGGAGGGGGGGUAGCAUUGAAGGUGUCAAUAUUAAGAGGGUUGAAUUUAGAGAAAAUGUAAGGGCUAACUUUUCCCAGCGACAAACCAAACUGUGUGUGAUAAUGAGAUGUCUGUGUAGGUGUUUGUAAAGCGGGGUUUGACUAUACUCCUAUAUACUGUUCUUUCUUCUUGUUCCCUUGUGAGAAAAACAAUGGGGAAAAAUUGACAUUUUAGAACGUAGUACAUGACAAGUGCAAGGAAAUAGUAAUAAUGAUGAUGAUGAUAAUAAUAAUAAUAUUAUAUUCAUUCAUCAUUAUUGUCAUAAUGAUAAUAAUAUUUUAUUGAUAAAAAGGCUAAAUACAAGUCCUAUUUACAAUAAUUAUUAAAUUUGGCUUUAAAAAACAUCCAGUGAAAGUACUAUUUUCAGUACAUUUCAAUUAAGAAAACACCUUUUGGCGAUUAAAGAAAAACAAUCACUUCGAUUUUAUAACAAUAAUGAAUAAAAAUAAUAAUAUUAUUAAUAUUCAGUGUUCUCCCUAAAUUUUAGCUCAGCAGGUAAGGGGCCAUUCCUGGCCGGUAAGGAGAAAAAAUAUGUGCCAGAGGUGCACUUUCCUGUGGGGGAGGGGGAUAUGGUCCUGCCCUUGCCGCCAAAUUUAGGUACUAAGUUCUCUUGAAAUGUCAUUCCCUCAUUUUAAGACCUGCUUUACGCAAAUUGGCCAUUGUUACGUUACCUUUACACAACAAUUUAAAUGAUUGAUUCCAAUAAUUUUACUCUGUCCUCAAUGUUCUCUUUCCAAAAUGCGUGGCCCAUAAAAGCCGAAAAGCCGUGUAUACUUAAGUACUUUUCCAUACAUUCAUUCAUUUCCUUGUGGCAUGUGAGAAUCGGAUCACAACUUGUGUAUUUUUUAAAAAUUACUUCUUUAAUUUUAGUAAACCUUCAGGCCAUUGCAGGCGGUAAGAAGUGUUGCUUCAGGCAGUAAAUUUUACCGGUUACUGCCUGAUAUGGAACACUGAAUUAUUAACUGAGCACCUGUGCAUGUAACCAGCUCAAAUUACUUGUAACUAUACAUUUAUCAUGCUCACUCAUAUGUCUAAUAUUUUUUUCUUGACUGUCUUAUUUGCAGGCAAAGUUCAUAUUACAUUUAUGACAGUAUUAUCAGUGUCACUGAAUCGCGGCACCAUGAAUUCAAAACUGGAGGGGGUAAUUACCCCAUCAGUAUAUUACCAGAGGUAAAUACAUUAUACACUUAAUGCCAGAUCCCAAAGGAAAAAGUUAGUUUUGUUUUCCCGAGAGUCAAACUAAACUAACUGAUUUCGUAAGGGAUCUGACAUCAAGUGUUUUGUUAUACAGUGAAACUUCUAUUAAGCGGACACCUUUGAGACCUUCCCAAGUGUCCACCUAAAAGAGGGUGUCUGGUUAAUAGGGGUUUGUAAAAAUUGCCUAAUGUUUGUUAAAGAUUAACAUUCAAUGGUUACUCCGUACUGUGAUAAAGUUCCAUGCUGUUAAAAAUUGGCCAGAGAAGGAUUUGAUUGUGAAUAGCUGUGCUGUACUUUGUUCAAGACUUGUAGGUGAACUUUGAUCGCGAAUGACAAUCACACGGCCGGAUAUCGGUCUAAUUGACAGUUUAUUGACAGCUAAAUGUAGUGAUUUAUCUUUGUGAAUGGACUACAUUAAUUUUAUACGUAUUUCAGGGACAUAGUCCAAUUCAGUCGAACCUCUCGGUACUGACACCUCUCUAAUAUGGACACCUCUAUGUUAUGGACAGUUUCCAAUGUCCCGACAAAAUUCUCAUAUAUUUUCUUUUGGAAAAAACCCUCUAUAAUAUGGACUCUUUCUAAUACGGACAACGAACACUAAAUCUCGGCCCCAGAGAGUAAAUUCAUAUAAAUUUAACCUCUUUAUUACGGACACUGCAGUGAUCAGGUGAACUCCAAAUCGCGAUCAGGUGGAUCUGCACAGGGUAAAUCCCAUCUAGUCUGGCUGAUGAGCUCUCCAAGGUGACUUCAAUUUAAGCCAAGUUGCUGUAUAUCAAACAAUUAAUUUGUAAAAGGUGUGCAGAGGGACAUAACCAACUUUUUUAAGGCUAAUUCUUCAUAACCAGUUGGUGCUGCCAAUAUUAAUUUUAGAAGGUACAUUGCCUCAAUAUACAAUACUUAUUGCAACCUUGUUCCAGGCAGCAAAUAGACUGUGGGAAAAAAUGAUGAAAGAGUUGACAGCUAAGCAAAAAUGCAAAGAUGAAAGAAUCAAAUUUGUGAUUGUGAUUGGCUGUCCUUUGGGGGUGGGGUGAGGAAAUGGCUGAUGCAAUUCAGACUAGGUCUAAGAAUAUUUUGAUCUUAUCUCUGAAUCUUAGAAGUUUUUGUGACAAGUCUCAGAGUCUUGUUUAUAGUGCUCUGUUUUUCUAUUGGGCUCUGAAACUACAAGUUUCUGCUUUAAAAUCUCAGAUUUAAAAACCAAGGGUCUCAGGGGUCUCUAUCAGUACGUCUCUCAAUAAAUUACUUUUUUCCAGNGAUUGUGAUUGGCUGUCCUUUGGGGGUGGGGUGAGGAAAUGGCUGAUGCAAUUCAGACUAGGUCUAAGAAUAUUUUGAUCUUAUCUCUGAAUCUUAGAAGUUUUUGUGACAAGUCUCAGAGUCUUGUUUAUAGUGCUCUGUUUUUCUAUUGGGCUCUGAAACUACAAGUUUCUGCUUUAAAAUCUCAGAUUUAAAAACCAAGGGUCUCAGGGGUCUCUAUCAGUACGUCUCUCAAUAAAUUACUUUUUUCCAGAGCUAGUAUUGGAAGCUGCUGUUUCUGUACCUUUUUCUCCCACUUGCCAUCACUAUUAAGCAUUUCCCAAUUUAUUCUGAGUUUUUGUCUGUUCAUUGGAUUCUUUAAGCCUAUGCCAACAAGAUUAUUAUUAUAUCUGCUUGCAUCUCAGAUUGAUAUAAAUCUCUUAUAAGAGUAUUGAAGAUGUGUGUUUUAAUCUGUUUAUACCUGUUAAUAUUUCCUUAAAGCACGUACGAAAAUAUGGGAGCGCAUUCUUAAAUUCAGAUGGAGGUGUCUUGUUAGCUGGUAUCCUUGACAAUGGUUAGUUGACUAUAGGUAAUACUUAUAAAUUAUUGAUAUUUUGGUAAAUUAAAUAAUAAUUACUGCAGUUUACAUUGUUGAAAUCCAGCACUUCCUUAAUAUUUUUCAUAUGUUCACAGUGUAGUACUUACCUUACAUUUCUGUGGUUUGGAUAGACUACCCCUAGUUUGAUCUCCUCUGGACAGGUGUACAGGGAUGGGAAGUUUUAUGGUUAGGAAUUGUGGCAGAGGAGGGUGUGGUUGGGAUGGGGUACAUAAUUGGGAAGAAAAUAAGAGAGACUGUAGAGACUUUAUCAAUUUGACUCAAGUGGCUCAUUUUCAGGGAAAUAUAUUCAUGAGAAACUGCAUUAGACCAAAAUAAUAGUCAAUGAGACAAUUGCCUCUCAUUGAGUUUCCUAGGUAUGAAAAUAAGUCAAAGAGGGCUGAUAGUGUUUGCAAAGAGGGCCAAUAGAUUUUUGAUGAAUGUGGAUGUGCUCCAUAAGUAGUUUCCUUUCAUAUGAAUAUACAAACCAAGAUUUUGAGAUUAAGUCGACUUGGUGAAAGUAUUGGUACUUUAUAUUAGUUUCAUAAUAAUAAUAAUAGUUUGAAGACUACCCUUAACUUCAACCCUACUAUUAGUUUUAUGUCUUUAAACUUAAGGUGUAUUGUUUGUUAACUAGGAAAAAUCCGUGGUAUUCGGUGCUCAUUUGAAAUGAGGAGGAGAAUUCUUGACAUUGUGGAUAGAGAAUUUAUGGGAUUCCUUCCGAGAGUAUCACCUUCUCUGUACAGGUAUGUUGCUUUACUUCACUCCGUCCAAAUCAAAUGAAAAGUUGUGAAUAUCCCAUAUGUAUCUGUCAGAUCGGAACUGAUGUUACUAAGGACAGCUAGUUAUACUAUGACCUUAUUUUUUUCAUUACAGACCUGUAGAGAAUAUUACAGGUCAAGUUACUUAAAAAUUUGCAUGUAUCAAUGUUUUGUAGCUAUUUUUCUGGUCACCAAACAGGUGUAUUCUCCAGUGAUGUCAUAAAUCUAAUCCUCUUUCAAAGAUAACGUUUAUAUCUAAACUUGUAAACUUAAAAUCAUAAUCAUUUCUUAAUGAUAGUCAAUGCAGUUGUAGUUAGUUAAGUGCCCCCCCUCGCCCUAGAAAUCAAAUUAAUCAGACAUGUUAAGUGACACCUCAAUGAAAUUUGUCAUCAAGUUCAUCAGCAGCAGCAUCUUCAAAUUAGAUAACAUGUUAGAUGAGGAAGUUUCCUCUAUUAAAAGUGGAUUGUACAUUCACUAGAUCAAUAGUUAGUGUUUUUUAGAGUGUAAAUAUAUUUUUAUUCCCAUUUUUGUCAGUGUAAAGUUUAUUCCAGUGACCUAUAGACAGACAGAUCGGGAGAGGAGAGAGGGGAGGCGAACUUUUUUAGAUGACACGUAUGUUAUAGAAAUAUCAGUAAAGGCUGGUGAAAAGGGAGAAUUGUACGAAACCAGUAAGCAUGAGGUGAGCAAAUGCAGAUACCACAUCACAUGACUUUGUAUGUAUUUUACAAACGUAUCGAAACAGAAAAAAUAUUGUGUUAGCUCACUCAUGUUACCACAAACGCAUGCCUUCCCUGCUAAAAAACGUAUUUUAAGCAUAAAACCAAAUACAUUUUAAGGAAUCAAUCAUGUGUCAACCUGCUGACCCCAAAGAGAGAUAGUCAAGAAGUCUGUUCAAUAUAUGAGUGCUUUUCUGUGGAACAAUUUAGCAAAUGAUAAGAGAAAAAACACCUGUUUAGAAAAUUUUAAAUGCUUUGUUAAGAUCUUGUCUUCUAGAUUUUAUACAUGGUAGUUUUGAAUCCAAUUUUAGCUUUUAUAAAAUGUAUAAAACAUAUCAGUUUUAUUUAUUUAAUUCUUUAUCAUGUAAAUAAUUUUUUUUAAUUUUACAUGACCAUAUCAGCAUAGCCAUAAUUUUAUGUUGUUUAAAUAAAUGCUUUACUUAAUACUUACUUACUAACUAAUUCCUCUCUGUAGCCCUCUGAGCAACCCUUGAUAAGCUCCUCCUUCUGAAAAAGUCCCUCAAUCUGGGGUAGUGUACUGUCAGGGGGAUUUUAAAGUGCCCUGUAUAUUUUAUCCUUAGUGGAAAUAGUUCUCAUUUAGAGGAAAAUGCUUACUUUCAUAGCCACUAGUGUGUCGGCAUUGCUUGACGUAGAUUCAAUAAUUUGAUUUAAAUUUAAUUUGUAUUUAAACUGUCUUAGAUGUAAUUAUGGAACAACAUGACUCUUUUUUCCUUUUUUAAGGUCUUUGUAAGACGUGAAAGCAGUGUACAGGGUCCACUCAACCCCUUACAAAUCAAGGACAUAGUCCUGUCAAAAUACAGAGCGGUAAGUAAAAUAUUUUGUUGAAUAGAACUAAAUUUAUUCUACUAACGUUUGAUAAUAACCACAACAUAUUCAAUCCUGGGCCUUUGUAUAGGAAUUGAAUAAAUAAUAGGGCACACCAGUAAUCUACUCUAGAUCUUGUGUUCAUGACUUUGCACAGCCAGUUGUUAAAGUAGAAGUGUUAAAAAACAGACAACAUCAUACGUUAUGACCACCCAGCAAUAAUUUUUUUCAUACAAAUAAUGUACUACAUGAAUGUGACAGCAUGUGGUGGCAGAGGCUGUGGAAAGAUCUUAACAAUAAUUAAUACCAAUUAUGAAGCUCAAAAGACAAUAUUACAUCAGCGUGUAUAUUAAACUUUGCUUGCCCUGGUGUUGUUAGAAAAUAGAAGAAAGAAGAAUAGCCAAGUUAAUGUCUGCUGAAAAGGAAGAACGUAGUGCUGAAACCACGAAAGAGGAAUCCAACAAGAACUACACACCCAAACGAUCUAUUUUUAAAAAGGUUAUAGUUAUUUCCCCAUAA